UUGCUUGAUCACAUUUUAUAGAAAGCUAGUAAGAUCCGUCUCCACUCAAUUGCUUCUUGGAAUAUAUCCCUUGUCUUGGGUGACGAGUACCAAAGGAGUACUUGAUCGUGUGCUUCCCCACGUCCCUUUUUUAUUUUCCUUGAAUCAAGACUAUUUCACUUCAUUCUCCAUUGCAUUUCAAUCUUUACAUUUUCCACAUAUUGCAUUGGUACUCUCUAUCUCUCUCUAUCUCUCUUCAUCUUUCCCCCCCUCUCUCUCUUGUACCUCUUUGCUUGACAUACAACAGCAGCUUCAUUCUAUACCUACACAAUUGAGAAGUCGAUCAUCCAUCUCUUGGCACAUCCUUUCAUCCCACGUCCGCAAUUUACAAAAGCCGCGCCAAGACGGUUGUUCAACCCUGUCGAAAUUGCUUUCUGUAAGCUGAUCACCAUAUCGCGAUAAUCGACAAUGCGCAUUUCGUGGAUCAUCACUUUACCCGGACUUUUGUCCAUUGUGUCGGCGCUGGCAAUUCAAAAACGAGAUGCCGACUUUUACAGUGUGCGCACAAAGUUACACAAGGACAUGAGCGGAAGGAGAGGUGAUCCAAGCGGGAAAUAUUUUCAUGAGAGUGUCUUCCAUCCGCAUUACGAUGGCCGAUUUGCCGACAAGCAAUUGGGCUACAGAGAACGCAGACAAGCACUUUCGAAUCUCAUUCAAACCUACCUAGCUACUUUUUCAGAUAUUGGAGUGGAAACAUGGCUCAUGCAUGGUACUUUACUCGGCUGGUGGUGGAAUCGUAAGAUUCUACCAUGGGAUUCCGACUCCGAUGUCCAAGUUUCCGAAGCUUCGAUGCACUUUCUCGCCUCUUACUACAAUAUGACUGUUUUCCACUACAAAACUCCGCGCAUUCCGGAAGGCCGAGAUUAUAUGCUAGAGGUCAACCCUCAUUAUAUUAACAGGGAGCAAUCGGACAACUUGAAUGUCAUUGAUGCACGAUGGGUCGAUACUACGAGUGGCUUGUUCAUUGACAUCACAACUGCCAGAUAUAAUUAUACACAUCCUGCCGGGGAGGGAAUGAUGAGCUGCAAGGAUGGUCAUGAAUAUAGGGAUACCUACAUCUUUCCAUUACGAGACACCUUCUUCGAGGGAGCUCCAGCCAAGAUUCCUUUCGCCUACAAAGAAAUUUUGGAGGCAGAAUAUCAUGAAAAGUCAUUGACCUUGACUGAAUUUGAAGGCCACCACUUCGACGAUGAUAAAAUGGAAUGGAUCCCCGUGAAGCAAGAUAUUCAAGUGCCAAUGGAACCACAAAAGGCAGCCCAGCCACCACCAAAGACGGAUGCGCAAAGAGCAGAGGAGGCGAAGCAAGCCGCUGAAAAUGCAAAGAAACUAGAAGAGGCCAAGAAGUUGAAGGAAGCCAAGAAGUUAGCAGAAGCACAAAAAGCUACAGAGGAAGCUAAGGAAAAAGCGAAGCAAAAGGCCGCACAGGAAGCUCAACAAGAUGACACACCAUCCGACGAACAAAAAGCCGCCGAUGCGAGACAGAAAAACGAGGAGAAGAUGAAGGGAGAAGUUAAGAAAACCGAAGAUUCCGCGCCGGUCUCCUAACCAUUUUAUCUUUCCAAACGGUCGAUACAGCCUGUCACUUCACGGCAUUCGAGCUCCAUCGAAAGAUUUCGUGAUUCCUGGCACUACGAAGAGCCAAUCUUCACGGAUCUAUAGAAUAAUAGUUUACCACCUUUUAUUUUCACUUCUUUAAAUUCGCUAAGCGAUUUUACUUCUUCGCUACUAUUUCUUCAUUACAUCAUAUGAUAUUCUUCAAUAGUUCCACCAAAAUAUGGACCAUUGAAUUGAAAGGCGACGGAGUUCUGGAUUAGAUGAUUACGGGAAGAAGCAACAGUAUAUGGAUAACAUGGCGCGCCAAAGCUAGGACAUUUGCAUAUAGUCGGGAUUUGAUUUGGCGUUCUAUUCCCCUCCCAGAUGUGGGAAAGUAUUGUACAGGACGGAGUAUUUGACCGAAAAUAUAAUGGUGGCGCAAGGAGCUGUAUAUCAUUGAGUAUGAUUAGUUGAAUAAAUCUCACUAUAAGAGUUGGAGACGUUCAAUUUCACAUCCGCUAGAAUUGGAAUAAUUUCUUAAACUUUGAUCCUCCUUGUA